AUGAUGCUCAGGGCGAGUAGUCGCGCCCGAGUUAGCCCUUCCUUGCGAUUGCAAGCCAUACGAGCUUCGAGUGCCUUUCGACUGAAGGGCACGCCAUGGAGCCACGAGCUCGAACCACACCCCGUGGCUUCAGCCUCCGAAAUAGUCAAUCCUGCUCUCAUUGAAGAAGCAUUGGAAGGAACAAAAUCGGCAGCGAUGGACCCUGGCCGGGUCCACGAAAUCCUAGAGAAUGCAUUAGACCGCGCACUCCUGAGGUCUCCAAAAGGCAUGCAUCCAAUUCCUUCUUCUGAUCCGCAGCAUGAGUUUGUGCAAGGUUUGACGCUGGAAGAAGCUGCCACUCUGUUGAACAUUAAACCAGAGACACAGCCAGAAUUGAUGGAUGCUCUCUACAAAACAGCGCUCCAAAUCAAGGAACGAAUCUACGGAAAUCGCAUCGUCCUCUUUGCACCUCUCUAUUUGUCCAACUAUUGUGUCAAUUCCUGCACUUACUGUGCCUUCCGAGGCAAGAACAAACACAUUCCCAGGUCUGUGCUGACAAAAGCGCAGUUGAUUGAAGAAACCGAGGCGUUACAACGAAUGGGCCACAGGCGGUUGCUUCUCCUGACGGGCGAACAUCCAAAAUACUCCUUUGACGAUUUCCUAGGUGCCAUCCAUACAGUUGCUUCUGUCAGGACGGAGCCUUGUGGAAGCAUUCGAAGGAUCAAUGUUGAGAUCCCUACGCUGUCGGUCAGUGAUAUCCGUAGGCUCAAAGAGACAGAUCACGUUGGCACGUAUACCGUCUUUCAAGAGACGUACCACCCGGAAGCCUUCAAACGAUUCCACCCAAGCGGCCCCAAGUCAGACUAUGAGUAUCGGUUGCAAACCAUGGACCGGGCUCAAAUUGCGGGAGUGGAUGACGUUGGCAUUGGUGCGCUCUUUGGCUUGCACGAUUACCGCUUCGAAUGCCUCGGUAUGCUCCAGCAUGCCCGUCACUUGGACAAGACCUACCAGGCUGGUCCUCAUACCAUAUCAAUUCCACGCAUCCGACCCGCGGAUCAAGCACCUGACGCUUUGUCUCCGCCUCACCCCGUGGACGACGAAAACUUUGCCAAGUUGGUGGCCGUCUUGCGCUGUGCCGUCCCGUACACUGGAAUGAUCCUCUCCACCCGAGAGUCUCCUGCCAUGCGAGCAAGACUCCUCAACUUGGGCAUCUCCCAAAUGUCUGCGGGAUCCAAGACGGAUGUAGGAUCCUACCACAAAGGUGAUGUCGACCAUGAGACCGAGUUGUUGUCGAAGGCCAAGUCUGGCCAGUUCAGUUUGCUGGAUAAGAGGCCAUUGGACGAGGUUGUGAAGCAGCUCAUGCUGGAUGGGUUUGUGCCUAGUUUUUGCACGGCUUGCUAUCGAAAGGGUCGCACCGGAGCAGAAUUUAUGGCCAUUGCCAAGAAGGGCAACAUCCACAAGUUCUGUCACCCAAAUUCUUUGCUGACUCUGCAGGAAUACUUGGAGGACUAUGCCUCUUCGGAAACUCGAGACUUGGGUGAGAUCGUGGUGGAGAGAGAGGCCACGACAAUCGGCGGAAGGACCACCGCCUUUGAUAAAAAGAUGAAGCGAAUCCGUGAGGGAGAGAGGGAUCUGUACUUCUAG